AUGUUAAAGACUGGGUGGCACAAUCGCUACCUCUGCCGUACCGACCCAAGAGAUGUGGCUCGCGAGGAGGCAAAGACGUGGAUCUGCACCAAGGAAAAGUACAAGACUGUGCCGCAUGUCCGAGCUGGGGUCAAGGGCAUUCUGGGACGGUGGAAGAGACCUGAGGACAUGCAAGUGGAACUUGAUGACCGAUUUCCAGGGAGCAUGAAAGGUCGCACAAUGUACAUGAUUCCCUUCAGCAUGGGUCCAGUUGGCUCUCCACUGUCCAAGAUCGGAAUCCAGUGAACGGACUCCAACUACGUGCUGCUUUGUAUGAGGAUCAUGACGUGAGUAUCCCCCAAGGUCCCGGAGGUUCUCAAAGACAACAAGUUUGUCAAGUGUCUGCAUUCCAUUGGAUGCCCUCUGCCGGUAACGAGCAAGGAGAAAUUCGUGUCUGCUGCAUUCCCCGGUGGGUGUGGGAAAACUAACCUGGCCAUGAUCACGCCUACCGUCCCUGGUUACAAGGUCAAGGUCGUUGGGGAUGACAUCGCCUGGAUGAAGUUUGAUGAUGCAGGAAACGGCGAGCUUCGUGGCAUCAAUCCCGAGGCAGGCUUCUUCAGUUAGGCGCCCGGGACCAACAUGCAGACGAAUAAAAAUGCCAUGCUCACCUUCCAGAAGAACAGCAUCUUCACAAACGCUGCGGAAACUGCUGAUGGGGGCUUCUUCUGGGAAGAAAUGGAAGAUGAAGUGAAUCGGAACAUCAGCAUAAAGACAUGGAAGAACCAGGUGUGGCAUAUCGGAAAUCCUGGGUUGGCUGCUCAUCCCAACGCUCGCUUCACGGCACCCGCCACUCAGUGCCCCGUCAUCCACCCCAAGUGGGGAGGCGUACCCAUCAGUGCCAUCAUCUUUGGGGGCCGCAGACCCACAGGUGUGCCUCUGGUGUUGGAGUCCUUCAGCUGGGAGCAUGGAGUGCUGCUGGGAGCUUGUGUCAAGUCUGAGACUACAGCUGCAGCAGAACACAUAGCUACGUCGUCUUGUAGCAGGGCAGAAUACAGAAAUGACCCAAUGGCCAUGCAACCGUUCAUGGGCUACAACUUCGGGAACUAUGUACAGUACUGGCCGGACCUUGACAAGCCAAACAGAAAGAUGCCCAAAAUAUUCCAUGUUAACUGGUUCCGUGUUGAUCACAAUGACGAGCUCUUGUGGCCUUGGUACGGUGACAAUAUCCGUGUCCUUGACUGGAUCCUGAAGCGUUGCGAUGGCGAGGUGGACGCCAUCAAGAUGCCGGUCGGAUACCUGCCUCACAAAGGGGACUUCAACCUGGAGGGCCUGGCCAAGCCGGCACUGUGGGAGGAGCUGUUGAGUCUGCCCAGGCAGUGCUGGCUGGAAGACACCCGCGAGUCUCGCCGCUUUCUGGAGUGAGACCAGGUGGGCGGCGACCUGCCCAAGGUCAUGUGGACGCUGCUGGACCAACAAGAGAAGGCCUUCUCUGACAUGCCAGACAAGUGGUGUGGAGAGGACGUCACGCCCAGCAGACAUUCGAGUCCAAUGAUCAGACGCAAUUGAAGAAUAGCAAAAUAUGUCUCUUGCAAUAUGUACAUUAGCUUUGUAACUAAUAGCGAUGUUGUAUGUCCUGGUUUUCCGUAUUGUUCUAGAGAUGACGUUUUUUGUUUGUU